AUGAGCUCCUUCAGCAGCACUCCUGCUGGUUCAUUUCUGAGCCGCAUGGAGCCUAUACACGCGUACAUUGCAGGUGCCGGCUUCUUAGUUUGCGCACUUGUCGGUGUGGUUCUCAUGCUGGCAUCCCAGCACAAGAAGUUUGAUUACAAUCGCGGUAUCUUCACCUACCUCAGAUUCAUCUACGCAUCAUUCCUUAAGCCCCACAAGAAAGGUCUCAAUGGCCAGCAAGAUGCGCUAGAAAGCUUCUACAAGACUCAGGCUGGUGUAUAUGAUACCACUCGCAAGCGUCUUCUCUGUGGCCGCGAGGAUAUGUUGGGGCUUGCUGCCGCGCAAUUGAAGUACAAAGUUGAGAACAAAGAGCUCCAGGCUGGAAAGGCAAUCUGGGUUGAUAUUGGCGGAGGCACUGGCUACAACAUUGAGGCCAUGGCUGCUUUCCUACCCGUUACCCAAUUCUUCUCGCACGUCUACCUUGUCGACCUGUCUCCCUCUCUUUGCGAGGUUGCCCGUCAGCGAUUCGAGCGCCUAGGCUGGAAGAAUGUCACCGUCGUCUGCCAAGAUGCACGCUCUUUCCGCGCAGAUCUUAUCACCAUGAGCUACAGCCUGUCCAUGAUUCCUGACUACUACAGUGUCGUCGACUCCUUGACCGACCUCUUGAGGGCGUCUGGUAUCGUUGGUGUCUGCGACUUUUAUGUCCAAAGUAUCGUGGACGUUUCUGCCCGCAACUACAUUGGUGGUGCUUUCAAUCGUCACGUUAACUGGUUGGGUCGUGCCUUCUGGCGGGCCUGGUUCGAUGCGGACCGUGUCAGUCUGGAAGCGGCUCGCAGAGAUUAUCUCGAAUACCGCUUUGGAACCGUCAUCUCUGCCAGCGAGCGCAAUUAUCUUCUCGGCGGCAUUCCUUACUACAUCUUCGUUGGACGUCACAAGGAUCUUACAUCAAAUCUCUCCGGUCAGGAGACUAUCGAAAAGCUGGACGCCUCCUUUACUGAAUCGCCUUACCUUUCUCCCGCCAAUCACACCAAGGAGAUGGAGAAAGCAAUGGAGAGGAACGCUCAAGAAGUUCGUUCGAAAGCCUACGAGUCGGCCGUUAUCAAUCUGAGCGCGAACCUCCCUCUUCCCUCAUCAUUCUACCAGAACCACCACUGCCGCAUCUUCUACAAUGAUCUGCUGCCCAAGCACACGCAGUUCAAGAACGAGUACAUUUAUGCGUUCAACUGGGAAGACCCUCGCGUUGAUCACCGCCUCCUGGACAUCAAGCGGGAUGAUGUUAUCUUGGCUAUUACCAGCGCAGGAGACAAUAUCUUGGAUUACCUUCAGAAGAGUCCACGCAGAGUCCAUGCCGUCGACCUGAACCCUAACCAGAACCAUCUGCUUGAACUCAAGGUUGCUAGUUUCAUGGCUCUCGGUCAUCGCGAUGUCUGGAAAAUCUUUGGCGAGGGCAAACACCCCGAAUUCCGGGAACUUCUUAUUUCGCGUCUCAGCCCUCACCUCUCCAGCCAGGCAUUCCAAUACUGGCUUGAACACACUCAUAUUUUCACUUCCAAAUAUGGCCAAGGUCUUUAUGAGACCGGUGGCUCCCGACACGCCAUUAAGAUGGUUCGGUACCUGUUCAAGGUUUUCGGCCUUGAGGGUCAGGUGAAGAAGCUCUGCGAGGCGCAAACUCUUGCUGAGCAGCGUGAGAUCUGGCCAAAGAUUCGCGCCGUACUCAUGAGCAAGCCCCUUCACUGGGCGGUUGUCAGCACCGAAUGGUUCGCGUGGAAGGCCGCGGGCGUGCCUCGAAACCAGCGGAACAUGAUAGUUGACGACUACUUCAAGAGACUGGGCCUGACCAAGGACAUGAACCAAGGCAAGGAUAUCAGUGGCCGGUCGAUCUGGCAAUAUGUUGUCGACACACUGGACCCCGUCAUCAACGAAACAAUGAUCAGCAACGACAACUACUUUUAUUUCUUGUGUCUCCAGGGGCAGUUUUCGAGAAGAUGCCACCCCGCAUACUUGUCUCCCAAGGCACAUGUGAAGCUCUCUUUGCCCGGUGCAUUUGACGGCCUACGUAUUCACACAGAUGAGAUAAACGAAGUGAUCAAGCGGAUCACGCCUCGAAGCCUGACAAUCGCUGUGAUCAUGGACUCGAUGGACUGGUUCGAUCCCGAAGGCACAGAAGCAUCGAUCCAAGCCCAGAAACUCAACCACGCCCUGAAAAUGGACGGCCGUAUUCUCCUCCGCUCUGCCAGCAUCGAGCCUUGGUAUAUCAAGCAAUUCGAAGAGAACGGGUUCACAGCCCGUCGGGUCGGCGCCCGCUUCCCUGGCUCUUGCAUCGACCGUGUGAACAUGUACGCGUCGACGUGGAUCUGUACCAAGACCAAGGAGCUGGAACGCCCAACUGCCGGCCGGACGAUAUCGGCCUUGUCUUUGGGUGAUGGCAGCAGCAAGCGGUCUCAUAGUGUGGAGCACCUUGAGAUAUGA